AUGAUAGUCGCUUUGCUUAUAUCACUGUAUUUGGUUCAGCUCGCCAACACUCAACAGCCGCCGCUGUUUCCUCCAGUUAUACCUUCGAAAAAGAAAGUUAUCAAUAUUGGAGCACUAUUUGUUGACGAUAACUCUAUCUACUCACCCUAUGUCGGCUACACUGGCAGUAUAGGAGCACUCUAUCUCGCAAUCGACAGCAUUCGCGACAAACACCUUCUUGAUGGCUUUACUUUCAACGUUACUGUCCGUUACGACAACUGCGUUGAAAGAAAUGCGGCCGGCUACACAUUUGAGCUAAUUCGAGACUAUAAAGUGGACAUUAUCAUUGGCCCGACCUGUAACGUUCGUGAGUAA